AAUUUUUUUGAGAGGGAUGAAAAAGUGCUGUGAGUGAUCCGUGACCCUUUGUUGACUCUCUCUCUUCAAUUUCUCUCUUGAGAUUACAAACCCACAAAAGAGCCCUCUUUAUCAGUAUCAUUUCUUUCUGGUUUCUCCAACAUUUUCCACUACUGUUCUUCUUUCAAGUCUCUUCUCUACUUUAACUCAAAACUCUUAUAAACUUUAACAUAUAUAUAUAUAUAUAUAUCACACACAGACAAACUACUUUGUUGUGACUUGUGGCUCACGAGAUUACCGUGGAAGCUAAAGUUUGAGAAGAUGAGUGCUUCAAGGUUCAUCAAAUGUGUUACGGUUGGAGAUGGAGCUGUUGGGAAGACCUGUAUGCUCAUUUGUUACACCAGUAACAAGUUCCCCACUGACUACAUACCAACAGUUUUUGACAAUUUCAGUGCUAAUGUGGCUGUGGAUGGGAGUAUUGUUAACCUGGGACUUUGGGACACUGCUGGUCAGGAAGACUAUAGCAGGUUGAGGCCACUGAGUUAUAGGGGUGCAGACAUAUUUGUAUUAGCUUUUUCUUUAAUCAGUAGGGCGAGCUACGAAAAUGUCCUCAAGAAGUGGAUGCCGGAACUUCGGAGGUUUGCACCCAAUGUUCCAAUUGUUCUUGUUGGAACAAAGUUAGAUCUUCGUGAAGACAGAGGGUAUCUCGCUGAUCAUAUGGAAUCUAAUGUCAUAACAUCUGCUCAAGGGGAGGAGCUGAGGAAACAAAUAGGUGCAGCGGCUUAUAUAGAGUGCAGCUCUAAGACUCAGCAGAAUGUCAAAGCUGUUUUUGAUACUGCAAUCAAGGUUGUGCUUCAACCUCCGAGGAGGAAGGAAAUGAUGGUGAGGAAGAAAAGACAUAGACGCUCUGGCUGCUCAAUUGUGAGGGGCAUGGUAUGUGGAGGUUGUGUUGCUUAGGAAGUUCCUAACACCAUAGUUGAUCAGAAUCGCCCACUUCUGAUCAUUUUUGCAAGUGCUUUUGGGGUUCAACAAGUGCUGGAUUGUUGACAGUUUGAAUUCACCUAUCUAUAUGGCUAUGCGUGUAUUAUAGCUGCAGCGACAUGGUUUGAUGAUCUAUGGAAUUUUGUUCUACAGACUGACCAGAAGAAGAGCAUAGAAUCGCAUUCAUUUCGUUUUGUGAUUUAUGUUCUUCUUUGUGGUUUGUGAAUGUAAGACUUGCUUACUAUAUAUAUGUUAACUAUCAUCAGAUUCUCUUGUUCUUUUGUAAGCUUAGAGGAAUUAUUCUGAUUCCUCUUGAUUAAGCAAUUCAUGGGUGUAGGCAUUUCGUGUAUAAGAAACUCCAACUUUUUUAA